CCACAAUCCUUUGCCACUGGCCAGGCAGCUUGGAGAAACAAGGAAGGGAAACGUAUUGGCAACAACAAGAAACAUCAGUUUACGCGUCGGAACAAGGGGAACUAGUCCUAUCAUGAGAGCACCACAGCUCUACAGUCCCCAUCCCCACUGCAGCUGAUGACCUGCACCGCCCCGCGGAAAGGCAAGACGAGACAUGACGGACAGCGUGAGGUCCUUCCUGCGCAAUGUUGCCCUGGGGAUCAAGGACUCCAUUGUGGGGAUCGGGACGAUCUCCAAGCUGGAUGCUCGCAUCCAGCAGAAAAGGGAAGAUCAGAGGCGGAGGAGGACGGCAGGCGUGCUGGCACAGCGGAGGGCACAAGUCAACGAGCGCAAGCCAGAGAGUGAACCAAAAUUAGCCAGCCGAAUCUUUCAGUGCUGUGCAUGGAAUGGAGGAGUAUUUUGGCUCAGUAUGCUGCUGUUCUACCGAGUAUUUAUUCCCCUCUUACAAACUGUUACUGCCAAAAUCAUAGGUGACCCCUCACUUCAUGGAAACUUGUGGUCGUGGCUGGAGUUCAUUUUGACGUCUGUGUUUAGUGCUCUGUGGGUGCUUCCUCUGUUUGUGCUCAGUAAAAUAGUCAACGCCAUUUGGUUUCAGGACAUAGCUGACCUGGCUUUCGAAGUGUCCGGUCGCAAAGUGCAGCCCUUUCCCAGUGUUAGCAAGAUCGUGGCAGACAUGCUAUUCAACCUCAUCUUGCAAGCCCUCUUCCUCAUCCAGGGAAUGAUUGUCAGUCUCUUUCCUAUCGAUGCGAUUGGUCAGAUGGUUAGUCUCCUGCACAUGUCUCUGCUCUACUCUCUCUACUGCUUUGAAUACCGCUGGUUCAACCACGGCAUUGAGAUGCACCAGCGUCUGUCCAACAUUGAGAGGAACUGGCCCUACUACUUUGGCUUUGGUCUGCCCAUGGCCCUGCUGACUGCCCUUCCGUCCUCAUACAUUAUCAGCGGCUGCCUCUUCUCCAUCCUGUUUCCUCUCUUCAUCAUCAGCGCAAACGAAGCCAAGACCCCUGUCAAGUUGUACCACUUCCAGCUGCGCCUGUUCUCCCUGGUGGUGCUGAUCAGCAACAAGCUGUUCCACAAGACGGUGCACCUGCAGUCCUCUCUGACCUCCUCUACCUCCGCUGACAAGAUGCCUUCCCCUCACGUGUCCCCCGCCCACCAGCAGCCCCUGCCUUUCCAGUGACGUCCCGGAGCAGCCCGCCCGCCCGCCCGCCUGUCUGUCUGUCUGUCUGUCUGUCUGGCUGACUGACUGACUGUCUGUCAGUCAGUCUGACGGCCUGUCUGUUCCCUUUUGAACGAUAAUGAAGAAUCUGGGAGGAUGCACACAACAGGGCCAAAACAAGAAAGGAAGAGGAGGAGGAGGAUGAUGAAGAUGAUGAAGAAGUGUUUUUGGUUUCUCCCAUUUCAGAUUACACGUACAGUAUAGAACGUUUCUUUUUUAACGUAAGGUCCCCCUGGCCGGUCGCUAGUGUACACCCACCCCUGAAGAAGAAUCAAGCAAACGUUGAUAUUGUUGUUGCCCUUUUGCCCUGGCAGUUCCUAAACAGAGCGUGUGCCAUCCGCCUGGGAUUUGAACGGGUUUUUAUAUAAUAAGCACAGCUUGGCCCCAACUUCAACAAGAGUGUUUUAUUUUUGUUUGCACACAUAUUUGUUUUUUGUUUUAUGUUUAAGAUUAUCUUGUGGCCUUUUUGAAUCUUACUCUCCUUUUUUUGUUGUCUCAGUAAGUUUUGCUUGCCAAUUAAACAAACUGUGGAACAGCAGCAUUUCAUUUGCCUGAUACUGAUAGGCUGAUCAUGCCACAAGUGGCAAAUGUAUAGCUUUGGAAGAACACCUCACCUGCUCCACUAAAGACAUUAUCAAUGUCUGAAAAAAAUAAAACAAUUAAGUGUUUCAUA